AUGUUGACCCCUAACGUUGUUAACAAAGUGGUUGCCUUCGAGAUGAUUUGUAGCGCAAAUGGGUAUGUUCCUGACUAUUUCGUUUUCAGGUUCUUUUUCCGGUUCUGCCUUACCGGCGACAAGUGCACUUUUUUGGCCCGGCGAGGGGGGCAUGCCUUAGUUCUUGAUGGGCGCACCCCCAAGAAUUGGCAAGACAAGUGGUUAUGGGUGAACCAGGAACUGGUUGGGAGUGGCCGUUACCGUGCCAACACUUUCGCCGAUACUAUCACUAAGCUUUUUCCUCACAAUCGGGAAGUGGCCGAUUACCUGAAAAAGGGCACUCCUGAGGAUGCUGCGAGUCGUGAAAUGGUGCUUGUGAAUGACAUUGGUGUGGGAGGAAAUGGUAAGGAUUACGGUGCUAGUGGUGAUGGUCGAGCAGGUGCUGGAGGUGGCGGUGUUGACGGGGUGGCAGGUGAUAACGAAGUUUCUAACGGUUUGGCUGGGAAAGGGAGUGCGGAUGAUGUUGUAGAGGGGGCUGUGGUUGGUGAUAAGUCUGUUGGUGAUGGUUCGAGGCCAUAA